UUUGCUAGUUAAUACCACGUACUAAUCUAAUUCCGUGUUAAUACCAAAUGGGAAAAAGGUUGUUAUUUUAUUUCAAACAAAUUGAGUCAUAACGUACUCCACAUUUUAAAAUAAUAAAAUAGGAAAUAAAAAUUAAGUUGUUGACAUCGUAAAAGGGUGAAUUGGUUUAUCCGGAUCGUUUUUUCCCAUCGUUGACAAAACUAGAAUAUUAGAAAAUCAUUUGGAGAAAUCAUUAAUACCAUAGACCUAAAUUAACGGGACCGCCGACUCCAUGACGUCACGCUCUAUAAUCAACCAAGGAGCUUCCCGAUGUUCGCAGCGCCCCCACCGGGUGGUAUAGAAAGCAACUUCCGGUUUGCUCCAGGGGUAAAACAAUGGGUGGCAAACACUGUUGUGUGGUCGGUUGUACCAACUCCAGUAAGAAAACAGGACAGUGUAUUAAUUACUUUGGCUUUCCCAAAGAUGCAGAAUGGCGGUCAACAUUGAUAGCAGCCGUAAAUCGCAACAUGGCCUAAAGUAUACACGGGACGUGUCCAAGAAGGUUUAGGAUAUUUAUAUUGCUGUCCAGGACCCGGGCCGGAACCAGAGAGUGAGUCAACAAGGGAACCAUCAUCAUCACGGCAUGUGUACUUGUCAGCUUGUACAUGAGGGUGCAGCUCACUACAUAGCAUAGUAUACAUACAAGGCACAUUGAUUACAAAUAUAUUGUGGACAAGUAUUGACAUACAAAAUAGGGGAAUGUUCUCACAAGAGGUUAUCACCAGAACGGCACCUGACCGGUGAAGUGAAAGUGAAACCACAGACUAAAAACUGAAAAAAGUCGACUCGGCUGCUUCGUGAACAUUAUGUUAUUGACCACGAAUAAUGCUUUAGAUAUUGCUUUUUUUCUAUUUCAGGUGUGGGAAUAUAAUAUUAGAAUAACACACAUACCUCACACAGUUCGUUUAAUUCAUGUUGUGUGAAAUCGAUGCUUAACAAUAUUUCUAUCGACAGCACUCGAGUGUUUACCAAGGCGAAUAGACGGUACGAGUUAUCGGCCUUGAUAUUGUAUGACACCCGGUUAGGGCACUGCGAAAUCGGUAACAUAUUUUCCCGCCACUGGGAGUCGGCGGUCCCUUUACUUUAGGUCUCUGUUAAUACUCAUCUCUUUCAACCUUCCUAUUUUCUUCAUUUAUUAAUCACAACUUUCAAGUAAAACAUCUGAUAAUACGUGUAAUAUUUUAGUAGUUGAAUUAUGAUUAAAUGUAAGUAUAACAGUUCAAUGAAAACUAUUAAAAAACUUUAAUACCUUUUUAACAAAACAGACCCCUCCCAACGCUAACAAACAUGGCGACCACUGCGGCAUCGAUUCUAUAUCCGCGAAUUGUCAAGCAGACAGGACCAGUGUGUAAUGCUGUGGUUUUGUUCCUGCACGGAUCUGGUGACACAGGAGACGGAGUUUCAGAAUGGGUAACUAUGGCAUCUAGAGGAGAGUUCCACUUCCCCCACGCGAAGGUGUUGUACCCCACAGCUCCCUUAAGACAUUAUACACCGAUGGGCGGCGCCAUGAGUAAUGUGUGGUUCGAUCGCAUGCAGAUAUCCCCUACCGUUCCGGAACAUUCGCAGUCGGUGGAGGCCAUGUGUGCCAACCUCUCUACCCUGAUACAAGAGCAAGUGGCGAACGGCAUCCCUAAGUCACGGAUCAUCAUAGGCGGCUUCUCCAUGGGCGGAGCUAUGGCUUUACAUCUUACCUACAGAUUUCAUCGUGAUGUGGCAGGCGUAUUCGCGCUCUCCUCUUUUCUCAACAACGGCUCGGCCGUUUAUAAGGAGCUCGAGUCAGUCCCCAAGAACUCCCCAUUACCUCCGCUGUUUUACUGCCAAGGGGAGAAGGACGAGCUCGCACUUCCGAUCUGGGCUGAAAACACCUUCAGUCAACUUUCUGCAGUCGGGGUCCAAGGCGUAUUUAAAAAAUAUCCAAUAUAUCAUGAAUUAAACAAAGCUGAGUUAGGCGCGCUACAAACUUGGAUAAAGGGGCGCAUUCCAGAGAGUUGAAUAGCAUAGCAUCAUUGGAAAGAAUGUGUUUGUGUCUGUGAAUGAGGAACAGGAGAGACAUCAAUUUUGUUUCAAUGCACAAUAUUUUAAUGAAAUUGUUUUGAAAACAGUUAUUCAGUAUCAUGCAUGGCGGCAACAAUUAUUCAGAGCAACAUGGCUGCAAAAACGAUCGCCCGGCAAAGAAAUCUGAUAGGAAACGCCAGAUCUUCAUCCAGUGUUUUUUUUGUUUGUUUUUAUUCUUUAAAAAUACUGUGACAGUCUACACUGCAUCAUGCAGAAUGCAUACACACAUCUGUUAGAUGAGUAUAAAAAUAAGGCGCAUCUUAGAUUUAAAACAAUGAAUUUGUUAUUUAUUCAAAUAUAUGUCAUCGAUUUUUUGUGGAGAUGCAAGA